UUAUUAGUCACUUCCAAAAAUCUCUAUUUUGAUGCACCAAAUGGGAGUACUCUACUCUUUUGAAUUCCCUUGGUACGUUUUUUAACUCGUUCAACGACAGUCAUGCAACAAAGAAAAGUAUGUCAAGUAAUAAAAGAUAUCGAUAUUUUUGCAACGUCCACCGACGGCAAGUUAAGAUAUCCUUCAAAUACUACUAGUAGCUUCAUCAUAACUUAAAAACUUCUUCGAUAGUUGAAGUGAAUUCACCAUCACCGCCUAUUUUACCGGAACGUUUUUACACUGAAUUUUCUAUUUACUAUACACCAAGAGAUGAUGAUCAAAUGCCUUUGCCACCAUGGCCACAAAUUAUUCCGCCACAAUUACCAUAUGCUGUUGGACGUGGUAUGACAUGGUAUGCUUAUGAUUUAAACAUUGCAAUUGAAUAUUAUGAAGAUUAUUGUGUACCAAUAUUUGAACCAACCAGUUAUUUCCCAUGUAUUCUGUUUAACUUCAAUCAUACAGCUUAUUUAAUUGCACCAGUUGAUUCAGGUUAUGGACCAUGUUGUGUAUAUCGUAAAUCAUUUGAUAUACCUAAGAGAAAUUUCAUGGAACAGUUUGCUAAAUAUUAUAAUGGUACAACUGAACAAUUGGGAUUGGGUUUAUUGAAUCAAACUAUUCAAUGGUGGGUUAUACCAUCUGAUAAUGAAAAUCAACAUAAAUACUAUCUGAAGCAAAGAAAUAAAUUUUCAUUAACUAGUCAUUCAGUUUUCGGUGGUUAUGGAUGGACUGUUGAAAAAUCAAAAAAUCGUGUACCUGUUUGCUUUUGGUACGAAGGUAAUGUUGGCUGGACUCAACAGCUGUUUUUCAAUUUUGUUACUGACGGACCGAGAAUAUAUGAUCUGGAAGGAUUUCAACUACCAGAAAUAUGUAAAACUGAUAUAACCUGUAUUUUUAGACCAUGAAAUGUUUUUAGACAAAUAAUUUGUCUAGUUGAGUGAUAAAAUUUGUAUGAGUUUGACAUAAACAUGUCUCUAUUAGCCUAUUAAUCAUAUGUGGGUAUUAAGGACUAAAAGUCAUUUUGUUUCUUAACAGUUAAAACCAUCUUGACGUGUUAAUAUUUCUUAUUUGGAAUACUUUUCUCUUGUAUUUCUUCAGAAUGUAGUCAUUGUUUCAAUCUGUAUAGUGCAUUGCAGUACCAAUCAACUUUAUGUCACAAAUAAAUAAGAGGUCUAACAACAGAAGGUUGGAAUUAUCAUGCUUGACAUACAUUAUGUUCACCAGACACAAUUUAGUCUUAGAUAAAUUAGCAAAACGCAGGACAAAUCAUUUGAUGUAGUAGGAAAUCUGGAUCCAAGAAUCGAUAAGGCUCGAAAAAUGCAACAUAAAGAUCGUAACAUCAACCCAUUAAGAUCGUUAACGUAUUUUUUUUUCUAAACAGAGUUAUAUGUGUGAUCUAUAUUUA